AUGCCAAGACUAGGAAUAGACAAAACUAUUCUGAAGCACCCAGCGCUGAUAGAUGGCCAGAAAGGUUCCACUGAAAAGCAUAACAAGGCAAAGAUACCAGAGUCUGAAGGAGGGUCAUCUCGACCCAACUUGCAAGUCAUGAUGCUGCAAAAACUGCAACAGGUUGGUUUAGCCAUAGAAGAGGAGGAAUUAGAUAACAUGUCCGAAGAUGACAACGAUGACUGGCUGAACUAUGAACUCAACCAUGAAGAAUUCAAAGCAGCCUUGGGAUUGAGAGCCAAAGACGAAGAUGGUCAAACAUUCGAAGAAAGGCACCAAAUAUUCGGGGACCUUAGAAGAAACUAA